UGUAGAGCUGCUGAAGAUUGUCCUUCGAAUAAUCAUGGUGUCUCGCUCCUCCCUCUUUGCAGGUUAUAGGUACAUAACUCGAUGUGUAUAAGGUGCGUCGGUUUCAGGGUUUAACUUUUCCCGUCAGUCUGAUCUCAAUUUGGAACUGUGAGUUGUUAUCACGGUUGGGGAACUCUUGAUGACAAGAAUCCUGAAAUCGUCCAAGGGAUUCCGGGUUGGGCACUUGAGUCAUGCUACAGAAGUGACGGAACCAGGCUACCAGCAACCGAGAAGCUCUCUCGGUCAAUUUGACUUGUCAUCGCUCAAGUCCUCCAAUUUUCUCAGGAAAACUUGAUCCCUUAUCUGCUGUUUGUUAGGCUUUCACCGUUACAGAAAGGGAGGGCCGCCUCCCCUGAAUCCCGGAAUGAAGUCCUCGAUCCAGAACUCACUGAGCUUAGUUUGUCUUCUAUUCCUUCUCAAAUCCGCAUUCUCUCGGAGAUCUACCUCCCCAUUUCUUGGAAUCUCUCCCGAAGAUGAAGUGUAUUUUUCAUCUCCGGAGAUCCGUUGCAGAGAUGGGUCAAAGUUCUUCCCAAGGGAGAGACUGAAUGAUGGCUUCUGCGACUGUUCAGAUGGCACAGAUGAACCUGGAACAUCAUCCUGCCCAGAGAGCAAAUUUUAUUGUAGAAACGUGGGAAGCACACCUAUUCUGCUGUUCUCUUCCCGAGUGAAUGAUCAUAUCUGCGAUUGCUGUGAUGGAACUGACGAGAAUGAUGGAAAAGUUAUUUGUCCAUACACAUGCAUAAACAAUGGGGCCAUUCAGAUUGAAAUAUCACAAGACAAAGUACAACAAACGGAGUUGGUGAAUUUGGAUAUUUUAGAUGACAGACAGCAAGUGAACAAAGAUGACAUUGUUCACAAAUUUGAAGGGCUGAAAGUGAUGGUUUUACUGGAAGUGAUGCUUCUAGGGUGUAUCAUAUUUUUCCGAAUUUGCUAUCGACAAAUCAGAUAUAGAAGAAGUCACCAAUAAACAAGGAUGUAUUUCCGAGCUUACAUUGUCAUGAUUUUUCAUUUUGGUGUCUUGGCCAAUUCCAUUGGUGCUCAGCUUUAUUAGAUUGAAAUGUUUAUACUGGUAUAUAGAUACUUUUGGUCAGGUCCUUUUUCAACUUCUGCAAUUUUCUUGAUAUAAAGGAUGUAUCCUUUGUUUGAUAAGCAUUAGCAUCUAUCAACAGCUGUUGGUGACAUAAACCAGAUCAAUUGGCCUCCUUUAUGAAACCGUCCAUUUUGUGGGUAACUUUGGUUUGUAGUGCAUAUCGGACAUUUGGGAUCCCUUUCAGCAAGAACCAUUUAGUUUCUCCAAAUAAAGCUGAUGACUGGACCUACCUUUCCUGCUGUAUUCUGAAUUAUUUUGAGUUGCAGUGAUUCCUAGGGCAGUUAUUGUAGCAAGUUGGCUAGUUGAUCUUUGAUUACCAAAAUGCUCCUUUUAGAUAAAUGGCAGACACUAACUGAUUCUAGUUUUUUCCUCAUUUUUCUUUUUUGAGAAUUUUUUGUCAUUUAAAAUUAGUCACUGAACUCAAUUAUGCAAUCUAUUUCUUUCCUUUUUUCAUGCAACUGGGUUUUUGGACAUCAAAAAUUGGGCUCUUUCCACCUUUCACAUUGUUACUGUGUGGGAGUCAUCUGUCUUUUUAGAUGCAUGAUGCAGGGAUGAGUUUACAAUUUCAUUUUUAUACAGUCCAUUGACCUUUAAUACUAAUGCUGCAGGUCAUUCACUUUAUAUGUUCUUAGAAGAGCUAGCAAUAUUUUGGGAUCAGUAGUUGAUAGGGAUGACCUCAUGUUUGUGAACUACCUAGGAAAAAGUUUAUGGUUAUGGUUGUUUGCGACACUCUGGUGGUGAGAAAGAGAGUGAAGUAAGUUAAUCCACUGAAAGGGUGGUGCAUUGAGGACUUGACUGUGGCAAAGCGGUUCCAACUGAAAUAUCUACCUUCAUAUGUUUGAGAAGCCUAAUUAAGGUGAAAGAGGUUGCCAUGGAAAUGCUACCUGUUUCCUGGAAAGUAUGGUUUGUGUGGCAGGAAGUUGAUGGAGAUGCCUCCAAAUUUUUUGUUUUCUACUGUGGAACAUCAGUUCGGGUGUUAUUUUUUACCGUGUGCAAGCCCAUUAUUUUGAAAAUCCUCAGAACUAGCAGUCUGGAUGUCUGUGUUCUAUAUAGUUGAUCUCUAGUUCAAUGGAAUUGUGUUACUAUUCAUGAGGUUAAUCAUCUAACUUCUGUUUGUCUGCAGCCAGACAUUAUUGCUCCUAUUCCAGCAUAGGCAUAAUCAGAGAUGAUUUAAUGGGAUUAUGGAACUUUGAAUUCUUUUGCCUUA